AUGGCGGAGAUGAAGCAUUUAAUAUGUCUUCUACUUGUUCUACAUUCUGGAUUCUCUGUAAGUUUUGAUUUUACCUUUAAUUUUCAUAUCUCAUGCAUAGUGUUGUUAGCAUAAGUAAUAUGCUUGAUUUUGUGAAACUAUGCUAAAAUUAAGCUUCUUGAACGAUUGAAUUGAUAAAGACACUCAAUUUACAGGCAGUAGACUGGUCUGAAUGCGACAAGACCAAGUAUUGUGAUCAGAACAACGAUUUCAAAGCGGCAUAUCGGCUGGAAGGUGAUAAGGUACUGGUAGAACUAUGGGCCAAAAAAGAUGACGAAAAUGACAAAUAUGUUGCUGUUGGAUUCUCUGAAGAUACUGGAAUGGUAUGUAAUAUUGCUUUACAUUUUUAUUUUUAAUUAUCCUUAAUUUUGGCGCUUAAAAAUUAGUUCUAUAGCUGAUGUGAUGGUUAAUAUCGCUUUUGUUUUUUUUUCAAUUUUGUAUAAAAUGAUCGUUAAUAUUUUUGUUUUUAUGAUCAUAUUGAACUAGUAUAAACUGAAAAUAAUGUUUUAGGGCAAUGAGCCAGUGCUAGCCUGUUUUGAAGAAGAUGGAAAGCCGGUUGUUUUAAACAGUUUUAACCCGGGUAAAAGCAAUGCUCCAGCUCCAGAAACUUCGGUACCCACUGCCAAGUUGUUGGAGUUUGUAUCAGAUGAAUCACAAAUCUACUGUAAAUUCGAACAGCCAAUUAGUCAAGGAUCUACCACACAGUACAUUCCAGAUCUGUCAAAACCAGUGUUUCUGCUGUUGGCCAAGGGACCUGUUAAUGGAAAACGUAGGUUAACGAAGACUUUUGGAAGGGUUUCACCUAAAAAAGACUGUUUAAAGACUGUACAAGAUUGAUGUUACUGUGAAAUUGAUUAAAAUUGGCUUUUUAGUCUUAAAAACGGGUUAAAAUCACGUUUAUUUAAGUUUAAAAUUAUAUUUUUUUGAACUAACUUUUAAUUUUUUAGAACUUAACUACCAUUCGAACAGAGAUACCCUUCCAAAUCAACAUAUUCUGACGAAACGGACCCCAGAUCAGGCUGAAACACCAGCUGAACAACCAAAGACCGAAGGCAACUCAAGUGAAGUUGCUAGUGCUGCUGGCGAUGCUGGAGAGAAGAAAGAAGAAGAAAAGAAGGAACCAGCACAAGAACCAGAGCUAAAAAGAGCUGACCAGGUUGGAUCCGGACCAUUUUCGCUCACUGCCAGCACUAAACAUGUCAUUCUGAGGUAUCACGGUAGGUUUUUGAGGAUUAUAUGUGUAUGAUUUUAUGGUUUAUAUGUGUUGUUUUAUGGUUUAUAUGUGGUUUUAUAAAUUUUCUGGAGUUUUUUCGUGGUUUUUAGCCAAAAAUUGGCAGUAGGUUCAUUGUGGAUAUUAUUCUGACUUUUGUCACUUCUAUUUAUAGUGGUAUACCUAAGUGAUAUUGAGUAAUGUUGGUUUCAGGAGUAGCAAUGUUAUUCGGCUGGUUUGGUUUCUUGUUCACUGGAGUCUUCGCGGCCCGGUUCUUGAGGCAUUUGUGGCCAAACACGACUGUCAGCGGGCUUAGAAUCUGGUUCCAUGUAAGUUUUAAAAUUUUUUUUUCUCUAGGCUUUCAUAUGCUUCUUCGUUUUCAUUUUUACCUCAAGCCGGCUCUGCCCGAAUUUUUACGUGCAAACGGGCCUGGCACACAAGACUCGUUAUCACCCUUAUUUAACAUGAGAUUCGUUUUUCAAUUUUCGCAAGUCAAAUCUUUUGUUACGGGACUUAAGUUGGUUCCCUGUUGCCUUGCAUUAAGUCACAGCCAGUGCCGGGCGAGGACUUUUGGUCUGGGGGCGGGGGUCAAAAAAAUCGGCAGUGGUAGCUACCCGAUUUUUUGCGAAAAUUUUUUUCCGAAAAUCCACAGGGGGACCACGUUCAACUUUUUUCGAAAAUUUUUUUCUGGGGGGUUUCCCCCCCCCCUUCCCCCAGCGUCCGGCCCUGGUCACAGCCCAGAUGUGCCGGCCGUGCCCUUCUAAAUUUUCUUCGGCUCAGUACGGGCCUAGACAUGAGGAACGGGUAGGGACGGGCGUUGCUUUUCAGGCCCGACCUGACCUAAAUUUUGCUCUAGCCUAGUGUACCUUCUUUCUGUUCUAGUAGCCACGACUUUUUUGGGGAUAAGUCAAUAAAUCUUUAUUAAUUAACUUAAAACAAACUGACAACGGACAUCGUAUUUUACAUGCUAAUAUAAAAUGAACAUUUUCAGAUCCAUCGAAUUCUCAACUUCCUCGGAGUUCUUCUGAUUGUUUUUGGAUCAGUGUUGGCAUUAAUUUCAAAGGACUUGACCUGGACCGGACCAUCGGUUAAUCAAGGAAGCGCCGAAAACUUGCAUCCUGGAGCUCUGCAUAGUAUUGUAGGUUUUUACUUUCAAAAUUUACGUUUUAAUUAGAAAAAGAGAAAGUUCAAUUGUUUUUUUACAUUUUUACGAAUUUUUAUUUAAAAAAUUGUUUUGAAGUGGCACAAUGUAAUUUCAAAUCGGCUAAAAUUAGGUUUUUGAUACCUAAAACAAUAUAUUGAUCUUUCAUGCCUAAAUUCCAUAAAAUUUUGCAGAUUGGUGCAAUUGGGGUACUCCUAGCCCUAGCCCAACCUUUUGGAGCGCUAGCCCGUUGCAGUCUCGACCAUCCAAAACGACCGGUAUUCAACUUCUUCCACCGCUCAUUCGGCCUACUGGCAGUUCUGUUGGCUGUGGCAGCGUCGAUCAUUGCCGUAUUUUACUUCAAAAGCCUCUGGAAGGACACAUUCUAUGCCAUUGUUGUCCUACUGGUAUUCCUAUUGGUGGGUGUGGCAGUCUGUGUCAUCCAAGAGAUGGUCAAGUACAGAGACGAGCAUGAACAACAAAGAAUCGUGGCCAUUGAAAUGAGAAAUCGAAGCAAACAGGCGGCUCCAUCGGAUAGUUACUACUUUAGGUAAGAGGUGGAAAGAAAGUUAUCGCAAAUGUUAUGUUUCAUAGACUUUUUGACCAAAUCAAAGUUUUUUUUGAAAGUGUAAACAAAGUUAUUGCGAGUUUAUGUAAAUUAGAUUAAGUCAAUUAAGAAAAAACUGUAAAGAAAGUUAUUGUAAUUUUCAAAAAAUUAAUUUUUUAUUUUCAGAGAACGUCAAGCACAUUCAGAUCGCCACAAAAAAGUUACAGUAUUCUUGUUUUUGGUAUUCGCCUUGGCCGGGUUUAUUGCCGCCACGAUAUUGACAUAUCUUAUCCUAGAUGCCUGA